AUGAAUAGAAAGCAUGUGAAAAGUGAUAUGGAUUCGGGACUGGGCAGUGAUGAAGACCGCAGGAGUCGCACGAAGGAACAAAAACAACUUCACAACCAGCAGUUGCUUAGCGGUUGUUUUAUUGAUGCUGCCAGUUUGUCUGACGAUUCCGAGGUUGUUGACCAACGCAGGACAGAUGAACGAAGACAGGGUUCUGUGCUGUUUCAAACUGCGGUACCCCAUUUCUCGAUGGUGCAAAUUCCCCAUGACGGUCAUUUCUCUUACUCUUCGACCACCUUAAAUGUACCCCAAUUUCCCGAGACUAGCACCCCUUAUAACUCAAUAGUCCAGCUAGAUUCUGAAGAAACGGAGGCAUCUAGGAAAUCUCCUUUAGGUUUUUACGUAGAUUUGAGCGAUGUCACCGAAAGUCCGGCUUCACCACCUAAUACAUCCGCCAAGAAGAACAUAUUUUCUAUGGUGAUUGACUUUGAAGGACCGAAAAAGGAAAAACCAGUGAAAUUAAGCUCUUCCUUAAUCUCUUUUCGCAAACCUAAACCCACCAAUAAAUCUAACCUUCUUGGCAAAAGCAGUGGUAGUCUAUCUUCUAGUGUAAGUUCGAUCAAUUCCAACAGAGACUCCAGCUCUGUUGCUGGCACUAGCAGACAAUCUGAAGAGCUUGAAAUAAGACCCAACGGCAAAGGUGUCAGCAUCGAAGUUCUGAGUGCUUCGCUCAUUAAAAACCUUUCUGUAUCAUCAAAAUCAUCUAGUAGUAGUGAAAAAGUCAGUGACGACAAUGAUAGGGAUUCUGCCAAAGAAUCUGUCGAGGAGGACCAUCUGGAAAGUGAUAGUAUGCCCGAAACUGAAAAGAACGAGGUGGAAGUUAGGAAUGGGGUCGUCGAUGAGGAGGAGAAUCAAAAGCUUGACAAUAAUAAACCAGGUGUUCAAAAUUUGGGAAUCAAAAAUGAUAUUCAGACUUGCCCGCAGUUCGUGAAACUCUCGGACCUGGAAUGCCAGAAACCGAAAGUGGAUUUAAAUUUUACGCCGAGGAUGAGCAGAUCCAUCCCGGAGAGCUCAUGGGUGGAAAGCCCCCUUCUAAUGUCCCAUUCCGUGGGCUAUCGCAGCGCGCCUCAUCCGUUGGAGCCCGAACACAGCGAUAACUCGAGUACCGAAGACAUCGUGAAAAAGGAAUCGUACUCCCAGCCGAAAAAGAGCGUUCGCAAAUUGGGAACUGAUCUUCUGCGCAUGUUCUUGGAGGAAAUCGGACCUGACGUUAUCGUAGAAGUGGACGGGCACAAGCUGAAGGCUCACAAGUGUAUUUUGGCGUCGAGGUGUCAGUAUUUUGCCGCUCUUUUAAGCGGGAAUUGGCUGGAGAAGAAUGGAAAUGUUAUUUCUUUGGAGGGAUUUUCAUACGAAUCCGUCUACUUCGCGUUGUGCCAUAUCUACAGCGGUGCUGCACACGUUCCAGACUCCAUCAGCUUGGUGGAACUAGCCUCAUUGGCGGACAUGCUCGGACUAGAAGGACUUAAAGAAGUCGUUGAACACGCGUUGAAACAGAGGCAUUGCCAUAACUUUCACAAACCUUGUGCUGGUUGUUGUACGGGAGUACUGGAAGUGCUACCUUUGUCUGCAGCCUACGGACUGGAUGAUCUCUACAGAAGCUGUCUGCACUGGAUUACUCAAUAUUUUGUGCGAGUUUGGCCAAGCAGGUCAUUUGCUAGUCUACCAAGGGAACUGAGAGAAAAAUGUUACCAACAGCAUGUGGUACACAUGACUCCAGAUAAGGUGUUGGAUACAAUUUUAGCCUGUGACAAGAUUCUUGCAACGCUUCCUGCGAUGCGUUGGGCUGAACCAGUCAGCCAACUAGUCCUACAGCUCACAGACGCUUGCCAUCUAUAUCACCGACAACAUUUCUCAGCAGUGUUAGGUUCGCAGUACUUAGUAGGACUAGAUGCUGGUUUAGGAUUCGGUGUUUGUCAGAUCGAGGACCAGAUGUUAUCUGCAGCCAAGAAUCUGGGCGUUGAACAGGCAUGUCGCAGUUAUGCCAGAUGUUGCAAAAUGUUGGAUCAGAAAUGGACCAGACCAUUUGCUGAUAUGUUAAAUAAAGUUAAAUUACAACUAGAACAAUGUCUCGUUGGACAAGCUGAUAGACUGAUACGGAGUCACGCUUGGCUGAGACUGGAUACUGCCUUAAGAACUCGUAUAAAAGAACUUACCCCACACCUUGAACCCACUAGUCGACUGCCACGUGCAACGAUGUUCCGCAAUAAGAAGCCCCCCAACCAAAAACCAAACGUCCAAAGUCCUGCCCUAAGUUCAUCCGACUCAUCGCGCAAUUCCAGUCCCGGGAUGAACCAACAGAACCGUUUGAACGGCACCAACGGCAGUCCUUCCCUUCGAAGAAGCCUUCUCCUAGCCGCCAAGGCGCCCCAAGUCCCUCCGAGUCCCUCCAUACACCGAAGAAGUACCUUAACCCAGCCGACCGCCGCCAGUGCUGCCAAAUCUACGAAGGGACCUAUCAAGGCAGUGCCUAGGGCUGGUGUUAGCAGAGACAGGAAUAGCACAGUUAACAUUAAACCACCGCUCCAAGCACCCGUUCCCAAACCGGCUACCUCAAAGAAAACAUCAACGACGGUCUCUAGAAACACCAGCUUGGGAAAGAAAGACGCCCCAUCGUCCCUGGCCACCAAAAGACCCGACAGCAGGUCCAGCUCACCUCUAAAAAGCGACAGUCGGGGUAGCUCGCCUAGAAAAAUCGACAGCAGAGUGACUUCUCCCAUCAAAGCGAACGUUCGCAGUCCAUCCCCCCUAAAAAACGCCGGUACAUCGCCCAGACGAGUGACGAAGAGCACGCAGGCCGCGAAACCUGUACAGCCGUCGAAGACUGCGCAGGCGUCGAAGACUGUACCGGCUCCGGUCAUGCAGAGGUCGAGUACCUUCUUAAAGGAAGAACCUACGGUUAUUGGUAAGGUUUUGUAA